AUGAGUAGGCAUCACAUUAGUUUUAAAAUCAUCAAUGUAGAAGAUGAUCAUGAGGAUAAAAAUAGAGAAGAAAUUGUUUCAGAUUGCAGUGACUCUUCUUUAAAUUCCCAAUCAUCAUCUAGUUCUUAUAUUAAACCUGUCAAAAUGUCUUCUAAAGUAACAGAUUUGUUGACUGAUACAUCCGAUAGUGGAGAUGAAAACAGUGAAAAAUGUGCUAUUUGUCUUCGUUCAAUUAAUAAUCAAGAAGUUGGAAAUCCAGAGGGAUGUGAUCAUUUAUUCUGUUCUGUUUGCAUUAUUGAAUGGUCAAAGAAUAGUAAUGUUUGUCCUUUGGAUCGUCAACAAUUUUCAAUUAUCUUAGUUCGUAAAAACAAAGAUGGUAAUUUGGUAAAGAAAGUGCAAGUUGAAGAGCCGCAAGCAUCAGGACCUGAAAAUGUUGAUUUACUUUCAAUGAAUGAUACUGUUUGUGAAAUAUGUGGAUCAGGUGACAGAGAAGAUAUUUUACUCUUGUGCGAUAAUUGUGAUAAGGGUUUUCACACGACAUGCCUGACACCACCAUUAGAAGAUAUACCAGAUGAUAAUGAAUGGUUUUGUCCUGAUUGUGAUUUUAGGACAAUUAGUAGGUCUGAAGCUGUAUCCAAUUCUGGGCUCGAUGCUUUUUUGAAUAAUGUUUCGGAAAACUUUCGAACGCUCAGACCAAGGGUUCAAAUGGUUCGGACUAGACUUUUAGAACGUAUAAGAAUCACUGUCAACAGAAUUGUUGCAAACUACGUAUUUAGCGACAGCAACGCUUCUGAAAAUUCAAGUUAUUCUUUGAGCUCUGAUGAUGAAAGAAACGGUGACCAACCCAGUACUAGCGGAACUCAAAGAAAAAAACUUACAAGGAAAGUAAAAGAAGAAAACGUCAGCUCGAGUAAAACGAAGAAAAAAAGAAGUAAAAGUGUUAGAAAAACAACUAAAACUAAGAAGCGAAAAACCAAAACGAAUUCUGUAAAAAGAAAAAGGCCCGUAAAAAGAAGAAAAAUUGGAACGACUAAGAAAACUAAAAAAAGAAAAACAAGAGCAAAAAGUACUAGAACGAAAAGGAUAAAAAUUGAAAAUGAGGAUGGAACUAUUACCGAAAAAAUAGUUAAAACUAGGGUUUACAGACGGAAAAAGCAAAGACGGAGAAAGAGAAAAGUAGAAACUGUCAGUCCAAUAAAAAGAAGACUGAGAGUUAAAUCAAUUAGAACUCCGAAAACUCCAAAAGGUCGAUUAGCAUUAAUGCUUGGAAUGGUUGCCCCUAGAAAUCCUAAACAAUUAAUACCAGAUGUUAAAAUAAGACCUAAUAACAGUUUAAGAGCAAUGGAUUUAAAUCGCUCCAGAGCUGGAAUACCAAAGCUUCACAUUUUCGGACCUAAAAAUGAAUUCCAGUAUUAUUCAUCUGAAUCGGAACACGAAGACAUUAUCGGAGAUAGUUCCGGAGGCGUUGCCACCGUAGCUCAACAACGGACAAACAUUUCUAGAUAUCGUGACCGCAAGAAAGCAGUUUUAGCUCUUCAAUCUGCGCCGCAAUCUAGCUCCCCAAAGACUAAACAUGUUAUUGAGCCUCCCACAAGUGAAUACGUAGAUGUUUUAGGCAGUAUUCUUGACAGUCAAGCUAUUUGGCAUUCGAAAGAUACUAAGAAAAAUAUCAAAAUAAAUCCUGAUGGAAGCAUUGAGGUUAUAAAAAACAAGGAUAACGUGCCUAAAUCUGAGAAGAACACGACAGACGUUCGAGAAGCAACUUCAAAUAAAGUAGCAGUUCAAGCUCCUAUGUAUCCAGGAUCCAGUAAUCGACCUGAUAGUUUCCGCUCGUUUAACAGAACGACUUACGGAGAAAAUAGAAACAAUCAAGAUAACAUGUUUUCUCCUAGAAAUGGUCAAAGUCAAACUGGUGUCGGUUACAGUCGAUUUGGUGGACCACCUAGAAAUGACCGUGAGGGUUAUGCAAAUUAUUUAAAUAACAUCCCACAAGGACCUACUCCAUUUUGUAGAGGAGGUCCUCCUCUACGGUUUCGAAUGCCUCCUCGUCAACAAUUAAGAAGAAUUCCUUUUCCACCUCGAAAUCGACCUAUUUGGCAACAGGAUGAAGAUGAAGAAGAAGCAGCCGAUAAAGAAAAAACGAAUAAAAAAGAAACAUCAGGAGAAACCGAAAUAAAACAAUCCAAAACUCAAGAGGAAGAAGACAUUGAUUUGUACAGUGACAUUGAAACUAACGCUGAUAAAACAGAUAAUUCUGGAGCAGAAGAUUCUGCUCCAAAUUAUCCUGCUUUAGGUCCUCCCCCCGAGCCUUCUGCAUUUUUACUGAGUCUCGAUGAAAAUGGUGAAUUUGGCGAUGGAGGAAAUAAAAACAAAAGUGAAGUAUAUGAUCCAGCCGAACCAUGCGAUAGCGAAGAUGAAAUGGUAAUUGAUGAAAAUCACGAACCAUCAUCAUCUACUCCUGAUAAAAAAGAAACUGAAUCUGAAGAAAAGGCAAAAUUACCGACUACAACUUCUUCUUCACUCACUUCUAAGAAAAGUGAUGAAACUGUAAAAGCUAGUCAUCAGAGAGCUUCCUCCGACGAUGACGAAUAUUGUCCAAUUUUUAACAUUUAUUCAUCGGCCACUAGAGAAUUUUCUCAAAAGGAAGAAGAUGAGCGGCAAAGAGAAAUAGCAGAAGAAAAGAAAAAAAUGGAGGGGAUAAAAUUGAAAGAAGAUGAAAAAUUAAAUCCCAUAAAAAAAGUUGAAGAAAAAAAAGAGGAAUUGAAAGAAAUUAGCGAUGCAAAAGAUUCGGAAAAAAAUGACGAAUCACAAAAUGUUUCAACAGUUCAAAACUUAUCGGACGAUGAAAAAAGUAAAGAAAAGGAAAAAGACAAAAGUAAAGAAAGUAACUGUGACCUUGAAUCAAAAACCGAAGACAAGGCUUUAUUUUUAAAAGAGAAAAGUACAAGUCCCGAAACUAAAAAUUCAAAAAGAGUGACGAAAAGUCGGUCUAAUAGUUUUUCAGAUAGUAACGAAAAAAGAGACCGACAAAGUAUUAGUCCUAAAUUUGGGCGGAGCAAAAAGUCUAAGAGUCCAAGUAGCUCUCGUUACAGGAGCUCUUCCCCUGAAAGAUGCGCAGAAAAAUACAAAAGAUCGAAAAGAAAAAAUAAAAAAUACGAUUCUGAUGAUUCGGAGGAUGAUUUUGAGAGGUCGGACAAAAACCGAAAAAGUCCCAAAGAAAAUAGAUUAAGCGAUUUUAACAAAGAUGGUAAAGUGGAUCGAAAAGAAAGAGAUAGAGAAUUAGAAAACGAUAACUUUACGAAAAAAAUUGCUGUUGGUUUGGAAGGGUUGGAUGUAGAACAGGUUUCUUCGGAUAAUGAAGAAGGAGACGGUUUUAGUGAUAAAGGAAGUCUAAGUAGUUUGUCUUUGUCGGAUCUAUCUCAGCAUAGUAGAAAAUCUAAAUCGCCGAUUCAAAUUCAGAGAAAGAAGAAAAAAAAUAAAAAACAUAAAACAAGGCGAUCGGAAAGAGGAAAAGGAAAUCACGAAGAGGGAGAAAUUGAUGACAGCGAAAAAGACAGACUGGAUGAAUUUUACGCUUUAAAAGGUAAAAAUGAAGAAAUUGAAAAUGAAAUGAGGUCAAAAAGCCCAGAAAAGAAAAGGAGUCGUAGGUCUAUGUCAUCUAGUUCAGAGAGGCAAAUACUUGGCAGUAAAGAAAAUAAAAAAUUUACUAAAGAAAAAAAUAAAGAAAGAGACUUAUCUUGGAAAAAACCAUCGAAAAAAGACAAAAACUAUCGCGAAGGGAAAAAACGGUCAAAAGAUAGGGGAAGGAGUAAAAGUAAUGAAAAAAGGAAGAGUUUAAGUCCUUCGCCUAAAAAAGAGAAAAAGAAGAGUAAAGAUCGUAAAAAGAAAACGGAUAAGAAAAAAGACAUCGAAAGGUACGACGUCAGGAAAAUUGUAAAAAAUAAAGAAGUUAGAAAAACUGAUGCGUUCGGGAGAGAUUUGAUUUCCAAAUCCAGGUCGUUAAGUCGAUCUCGGAGUCGAUCUCCAAUGCGCGAAAGAUCGAGAAAUAUGUUACGUAGAGAUUCCAGGUCUUUUUCAAGGUCUCGUUCGCGGAGUUAUAGAAGAGGUCGUUCUCCCGUACGUCGCCGAUACGUUCGAUCGAGAAGUAGAAGUCACAGUAAAUCUGUUCGAAGAUCUUAUUCAAGAUCGAGGAGUAGAUCUCGAAACCGGAAAACAAAGAAAAAAAUCAAAACGAAAGGAAGAACAAAGGCUAGAAGUAGAUCCGUAGGUCGGAUAUCAAGUUCCGUAAGUCGCGGAAGACGGCGAUCUGUCACAAGAUCAAGAAGUCGAGAUCCCGUCAAUAGAGCCGCGAGAAGUAAAAAAAGAUUGAGAUCGAGAAAAUCAUGGUCUAACCACGCCUCAAGGUCUCCUUCAUUUUCUCCCCGACGAAGUCGUUCGAUUACAAGAAGUCCAGUGCAUGUGAAAAGGUCUUAUUCUAGAUCGGCAUCAUCAGAUUGGUCUAGGGGUAGAAGUCCUUUGCCCCGAACAUCAUCACUUGAAAAAUUAACAGUGGUUCUUACGACAAAAGAGAAAAAGAAAUGGAAAAAGAAGAAAGAAAGUAAAAAGGUGAGAAAAGAUGAAAAGAAGAGGAAAAAAACUGGGAAUUCGAAAGAGGUGUUUGCCUCUGGUGAUAAUGUUUUAGUUAGUGUAAAUUUUAGGAAUAAUAAUAGUGCAUCAGGGAACAAUAACGUCGCCGUAAUAAGUUCUGAUAGAAAUACUCGAUUAAAUUCGGUAUCCCCUGUUCCCGGUGCAGAAAUAUCACGGAAAAAAAAGAGGGGGUCGGACUAUGAGUCUGAAAGAGUGACAAAAAAAGUAAAAAAAUCAAAUGUUAUUUCUAAAAAGGUAGUCGAUGUUGCUUUAUCGAACGCUGGCUCAAAGCGAGCUAAAAAAUUGACUAGGUUAAGUGAAAAAGAUGCCGAAGUUAUUCUUAAUCGUAAGCCGGUUGCUGUUAUUGAUCUGGAUAUGUCACCGUACAGAGAACAAACUCCGUCACCUGUAAACGUGGUAGUUGUUAGCGAUAGUGGGAGCGGAGACGAAGGCAAAGAACAUACUCCUCAAUUACCGAUUACUCGUGUGACACCGAAUCGAGAAAUAGAAAAAGUCCAAGAAGUUAUUCGUAGCGAAUCGGUCACCGUUUCCGCUUCAAGUAGUCCCAUUGAAAACGGUUACGUUCCUGCUUCCGGUCCGAAAACUCCUCCGGAACCACAGAUAAAAUUUUCAAUUGCCAAGCCGCAGCAGUUAAGACAAAUAGCAAAUCCGUUGGGCGAUGAUGACGACGAUGAUGAAGUCGACGAAGAUGACAGGGAACAAAGAAUUGAAUCGUUAGAUCGGCGAAUCGAAAAAGAAUUGGAUAGCAGAAAUGAAGUUUCUCAUAAAGGACCAAAUACUCCUCCUGGUCCGAGAGGACCUUCAACGCCAAAAACGUUGCCUUCUCCUCAAACUUCACCGGAUGCAUACGAUCCAUUCGAACCGACAAAAUCGAGAUCACCUUCCCCUAGUCAAGCGGAUAAGGAAAAUCGUCCAAGUCCGAAAUCAGAUGAAAAAGACGGUCAAGUUUCUGUUAACAUUGAAAGUGAAAAUUCACCACCCGACAUGAUACAGCAUGCAAUGAGUCCUGAAAGCGCAAAAGAAGUGACAACGGAAAACGAAGAUGACAAAGUAGACAGUGUUGAAAAAUGUGAAGCAAUAUCCGUAGUGGAUUGUUCCUCAAAUAAUGUGAUGCCCGUUCAGACUUCCGGUGCUUUAAUGACAGACAUUAAGUCAAAUGAAUCGCCUGAAAAAAAAAUAAGCAUAGUAUUAUCAUCAUCAUCAUCAUCAUCUCAAAUGAAAAUCCCAUCAGUAACAGUUCAAAAGUCUUACACUCCGGUUUUGAAACAAAUUCCGGUUGUGUCUGUCGUUUCCGCUCCUCCACCCACUUCUGCCAAUUUAACUGCUUCCACGGAUAUGUUCUCUAUGCCGUCUCCGACGAAAACAACGAGGCCGGGUACAAUGACUACUCAAAGCCUUCAAAUGACGGGUAUACAAAGACUUCAGCACCGUUUGGGAUCGCCUGUAAAUCGAACCCCCAACUCGGUGAAAUCCACUCCGGAAAAGCAUUCUACCCCGAGAGCGGAUUCGAGCGAAGUAUUCACAUCUGGAAAUUAUCUCGUUCGUAAUGUAAAUAAAAGAAACGGGGAACAAGGGAAGCAACCUCGUCCUCUGCAGGAUGCAACCAACGAAACCAUUGAUAUGACCAUGGAUCUGGAUGAUUCGCCCUAUUCUCCCGCGUCGAGCGAAGGCGAUGAUUUGUUCGAUCCUCCCAUCGAAUCGUCAAAACCUUCGCAAUCAAAUUUGAAACCUGCACCUUCUUUCAAAGGAUCUGCCAAAGGUCCGAGAAAAUCACCCGCCAAACAGCUCAGUAAGUUUGAUCUAUUAUUCGGAAGCAGCGGUCCGAAUCUAUCUCCGAUAAAAGGAGGAAAUAAGAAGUUUUCAAAAGUGAGUGGAAAACCUUCGUCGCCAAAAGCCAUUCCUUCAAAGUCUCUAAGCAAGAAAGGUACGACUAAUAAAAAUUUCAUGCACAAAAUGGACGAGGAUCAAUUGAGGAUAUUGGACGAUUUACCCAGUUCGGCCGUCGAAUUGCAAGUCAAAGACAAGUUUUUAAAGAAAUUAAACAGGCAGGAGAGAGUUGUGGACGAAGUGAAAACCGUGCUCAAACCUCACUACGCUAGAAAACAUAUUACCAAGGAAGAAUAUAAGGACAUAUUGAGGAGAUCUGUGCCCAAGAUUUGUCACAGCAGAAGCGGUGAAAUAAAUCCGAGCAAGAUACAAUCUCUCAUCGAGGCAUACGUAAAAAAAUUCAGGCACGCAAAGAAAAAAGGAAUUAAUACUUCUGCCGUGGCAUCCGGUGGUUCCGCCGCCGCCGCCGCCGGUGGUGGUGGUGGUGGUCCUGCUAGUACGGGUGCGAUGAAACCAAAAGAAAACAAUGUUCAGUUGAUGGAAUUAUUAGAAAAUUGUGCUCAAUACGUCUUUUUGUUCGAUAUUCGAUUUCGCUUCCCGUCAAUUCGAUACAUGAUUCGAUUGUUUCGAGAUUCCAUAAGAAGAACGCAUUCGUGA